UGUUAUUCAAUCGAAUUUACCAUAGCAUGCUGUUACAAGAAUAACAAAAUAUUGUUUUAUAUCUUGUUAGGUGCAAAAUGUCUACUCGUUGGUAUCCGAUUUAUCAGCUAGGCAAUCCCCAGCUGCGAGUGUUUUUACCGAACUUUUGGCUCAAGCUUGUGCGCGCUGAACACGAGCAACCGGCAAAUGUUGUGCAGUUUGCAUGUUCAAUGGAAAUGACCAGACACGAUGUGAAGAACUAUCUUCAGAAAAUAUACAAAAUACCAGUCGUCAACGUUCGCACACGCAUUGCGCUUGGGAAUACGAAGCGCGAUAUGGUUCUAGGAUACAUAACAAAAGAGGAGGAUACCAAAUAUGCAUACGUUACCCUGCCCAAUGAUAUGAAGUUCGAGUUUCCUGAUAUGUUCCCGACAGACGCUAAACAAAAGAUUGAGGACGAUAAAAAAUCCUUGGAUGACGCCAAAAAGAACCAUAAGAAAUUUCUAGAUAAAAACAAAGACCGAGCAGGGACUCCUGGUUGGUUCUCUAUUUAAAACAGAUUGCAUUUUCUGAAACAAUAAUUACGCUUGUACAAAGUUGUCCUCGUAAUAAACACGUAAUAAAUAGUUCGAUAGCAAUGGGUGUUAAUAAUACUCUGCCUACUUGUUCUAAACACAGCUUAAAAUACGGGUAGAUCUUCUCCUAGUACGCCACGAUUUAUGGUAGUUUCACCAUUUUAUUCUAAUAUUUACACAUUGAUCCCGCCUUCAUUC